AUGUAAUGUGCAGCUGCAGCUGGAACGUUAGGAAUGCCAUGAUCAGCGACAGUGUCUGACUGCUUGCAGUGGAGAUUGGACGGUAGAUUGAGCUGGAAAAUGAUUUUCUGAAAUCUAUCGUCAACAAAGACACCACAUUCAUUUUAUACUUGCCUCAAGUGCAUAGCAAGUGGUCAUUCCUAAGUGCAAAAUUCCUUGAUCUGUUGUUGGUCCAGUGACUGUAGUUUCGUUUGUCAGACUGGGCGGGGCCGUGUCUCCAAACUUCCCAAAGACAAAAAGUGCUUAAGUUAUUUUCUGCGGUUGUUGCUGUCUUCGGGAAGCACAAUGCCUACCACAUCGUACCGCACCAAGACAAUCCAUAGCAUUCUGGAUCCAGUUGCCCAACAGGUUGGGCACCUGGUGAUUCUACAUGAACAAGCUGAAGAUGGCAAUGCUAUGACUGAUUUGACUUCACCCAUCAAGAUUGUGGACCAAGCUGUCAGUAACUUAGUUGCAGUUGGUAAACAAACAGCCAGUACCAGCAAAGAUGAGAUACUACGUCGGGAGAUGCCUCCUACUUUCACCCAGGUGGAGAGGUCUUCAGGGUUGUUGGUGGAGGCCAGCGCCUUGCUGAAAGCUGAUCCUUACUCAGUACCAGCACGGAAGAAACUGAUUGAAGGAGCUAGAGGUAUCCUGCAAGGCACAUCUGAUCUACUGUUUGUCUUUGAUGAGAGUGAGGUGCGUAAGAUUGUCAAGAUCUGUGAGGGUGUCUUGCAGUUACUGGCAGUGUCUGAGGUGGUUGACACCAUGCAAGAUAUUCUCACAUUCGUGCAGGCUUUGACGCCUGGAGUGACUAACAUGAACAGUCAGGUGUCAGCGCGUCGCGAGGAGCUGAUCAAUGCUUCCCAUGCUGCACAGCUAGCUCAGCAUUCAGAGCAGUUUCAGAAGUUGAUCCCUCUAUUGGUCUCCAGUAUGAAGAUAUAUGUCACCAUUCUAGAGCAAGGCAAACCUGGCAAGCAGGAGGCCUGGGAGAAUCGUACCUAUGUGGCUAGUAAGAUGAUCUAUCACAUCCAGGAGAUCAUUAGGGUAUUGCAGGCUGUGGAUGAUGAUAGUUUCCGUGUGGAUAAUGUGACUGGUCUCCGUGCAGCGCAGAACCACAUCAAGAACAACAUGGAUAAAGCCAUGGGCUGGUUGGCAGAUCCUAACGCACUGGCUGGGGGGAUGGGUGAGAAAGCUGUGCGACGUAUACUGGAAGAUGCUAAGAAGGUUGCUGGUGGUCUGGAUGGGCCUAAGAAGGCAGAAAUAGAGCAAGCUAUCGAUGAAAUCACUGCCAUGGUUAAUGAACUGUCUGAUCUCAGAGCAAAGGGACUGGGUAACAGUCCUCGUGCGUUGGAGCUAGCCCAUGCACUCGGCGGUGAGCAUGGCAAACUAGCCAAUCUGGAGAGGCAGAUCAAUGCUGCCAUUGCAGAGAUAUUGAAGAGUAGUAUGGGCAAGAUGGCCUACACUGCUGGGGGUAAACUAGCUCAAGCUAAGGAAUGGCUCAGCAAUCCAGGUGCUGAUGACAAAGGAGUGGGUUACCGCGCCAUCAAAGACAUCAUUUCAACAGGACGUCAGAUUGCUGGCACCUGCGAUGAUCUUGGUCAACGAAAUGAUCUUCUCCGUCUUUGUAACGAGGCAGAAUCUCUGAACGACCAUCUGAGAGAUCUGUGUAAGAAGGGACAGGGUAACACUCCACAAGCUGAAGCAACGGCCAAAAAGUUAUCAGAGAAGCUGGGUCAGUUAAAUGACAAGAUGACUGAGAUUGUCAUGGGCCAGGUGUCGUCUGAUUUCCUUGACCCAAUGUCUGCCGUCAACAAGAUGUAUGAGGCUGCCCUAGCUCCUGAAGGCGCCCCACACCGUGAGGCUAACUUCACCAGCAAAGCGCAGAUCUUUCUUGAGAGUAGCAACAAAGCGGCAGAUACAGCGGCUCGCUUUGCUGGCAUUGCUGAUGCAGACAGAGACACAGUGGAUCAGAUUCAUCGCCUCAGUAAUCAGGUGAAGGAGCUGACUCCACAGGUGGUCUCUGCUGCUCGCAUUGUCCUGAUGAAUCCCAACAACAAGGUUGCAGCAGCUCAUUUAGAUGUGAUGAAGAACGAUUGGGAGGGAGCAAUGAAAGAACUGGAUGCCAAGCUGACGUCUUCCUUAGAUGUGCCAGCAUUCAUGAAAGCCUCAGAGGAGAGUAUGAAGAAACAGACUGAGCUUGCUGUAGCCGCUGUCCAUCAGCGCAACCCACAGACCUAUGCCUCAUGCAUCUCCAACAUUGCACUACGCGGUAAGAACAUGGUCAAAGUUGCCAAACGAGAAGCUGAGAACAGUGAGGAUCCAGAGUUCCAACACAAAGUAGACUCCGCAUCAGAUCAAGUCAACAACUGCAUCCCUCCAACAGUGACUACUGGCAAGCAAUUGAUGCAAGACAUGGCAAAUCCAGACAAAAUGGCCAACUGGCAAGAUGCAAAUAGCAAGCUAAUGACUUCAGUGGCGGAACUCCAAGUGCCAUUCAUCUAUGUCAUUCCCCCUGUGGAGUACUACGCCCCUCCACCACCGGUACCACCACCCCCAUCACACCCAAUGGCUCAACAGGCACAGCCAAGCAAACAGCGAGCAGGACAGUACCCAGUCUCCAGCAUGUCUCAGUACAAGACCCCACCAGGACCUGACUUGCCUGGUUACAAGAUGGCUGCCGCUCAGUUGCAAGAUGCUCUGCAUAGCCCGCCCUCACAUUACCCCGCAGUGUCCAGUCAUCAGUCCUACGCAUACCCUACCUCUAAUCACUCUGAUACUCCCACGUACAUUGACUCAGCAUCAACAAGUCUACCAUCUUAUCAUGCACAGCCAUCCCGUUAUGAGGCCAUUCAGCCUGAGAGUGCUUCACCUCAGGUGCAUUCUGCUCCACCUGUCCCUCCUCCUCCGGCACCUCAAGCCACUCAGAGUCAGGAGCCACCACGCCCUCCACCUCCACCUAGCUAUCAGCCUAAAAAGGCCAGCCAGUUAUCUACAGGUGCCGGUCCUAUGUCUCAUGUCUCAGGCUUAGACACCCAUGGACCCAUCUCUUACCAAGCUACACCAUCUAUAGGCCAGGUCUCUACAGCACCUACGUCAGCUUUACAGCCUCAAGAUUGGCAAUCAACCCAGUUGCUGGAUAGUGUUGGUAAUGUUCGUCAAGCAUUUGUCAUGUCACAGCCACCAACCGAUGCAAUGAGCAGUCUCAGUUUAGAGAAUGCACCUCCGAGGCCACCCCUACCACAGGGGGAAGUCCCCCCACCCCGCCCACCUCCCCCAGAGGAAGAAACAGAAGCACACUUCCAUGAGGCACCGCCUAGCAACCAGCCUAUUAUGAAAGCUGCCUAUGACUUGCAUUUGGAGACACAGAAAUGGUCCAGCCAGGGCAAUGACCUGGUUGCUGCUGCUAAGAAGAUGGCUAUCCUCAUGGCUCAAAUGAGUAAACAUGUCAGGGGAGAGGGAGGCAGUAAGAAGGAUUUCAUCAUGUGUGCUCGGAUGAUUGCUAAGCAAUCAGGAGAAGUGACUCGACUGGCUAACAUCAUAGCAGAUCAGUGCACUGACAAACGCAUCCGAUUGAACAUGAAGCAAGUGAUUGAGCGAAUCCCAACAUUCAGCACACAACUCAAGAUCUUGACUACUGUCAAGGCUACUAUGCUGGGUGCACAAGAUCCUGAGAAAGAUGAGGAAGCGACUGAGAUGUUGAUUGGUAAUGCACAGAACUUGAUGCAAGCAGUCAAAGAGUCUGUACGUGCCUCAGAAGCUGCUUCCAUCAAGAUACGUACUGAUGCUGGACUCAAACUACGCUGGGUGCGACGUAAUCCAUAUGCUUACUAACUCCAUAUGGAAAGGCCCGUUUCUAGCCAGACGUGGCCGUCCCGCAUGAUUGUCGCACUCACAGUAUAUUUGUUACUUGAAUGUCUGAAGGUAGUUGCUGAUUGAUGCUAGUGACAUCACUGCAGAGUUCAGUUAUUGAAAUGUGACUUGAUUGCUGACAUGACUUCUUGUAACUACACCAUACAAAUGAUGAAUACAAACUAAUGACUACAAACACACACGCACAGUUCACAGUGUGGCACAAACACAGCAAUUGUUUUCUCUUUGUUGAAAAAUGACUGGGUUUGUAAUGAUGUAUCAUUUGUCAAAGCAGUGACUGUCACCUUGUAUCCAGUAACUAUAAGCAUUGACAAUUGUCAACUCACAACCAACUGACCACCAAUGGACUUUGGCAAUCCCCUUCCUUUCCUUUCCCUCCAAAUCUGCCUGAUGAUUUAUUGACCCUCUUCCUUACGGUCCAGACUUGACUUUUUACUUAUCUGUUUGACCAAUGACACUGUUGAAUCUGUGUAGCCCCCGCUGCAGUGUGCCGGAGGUCACAGGUGCAGAUACUGCUCUUGUCAACUUUUUGUUAAUUCUGAAACUUUAUAUUCUAUUUGCUUUGAGUUGGUGCUUAAGAUAUUCUUCUAUGCAGGUCAUUAAAAAAAGCAGCUUUAAAUAGUAUGAGAUGGAAAAUGCCAGGCAUAGUAAAGCGAGUCAGGUAUAGUAAAGCGAGUCAGGUAUAGUAAAGCCAGUCAGGUAUAGUAAAGAGAGUCAGGUAUAGUAAAGAGAGUCAGGUAUAGUAAAGCCAGUCAGGUAUAGUAAAGCCAGUCAGGCAUGGUAAAGCGAGUCAGGUAUGGUAAAGAGAGUCGGCCAUAGUAAAGCGAGUCGGAUAUAGUUAAGAGAGUCAGGCAUAGUAAAGAGAGUCGGGUAUAGUAAAGAGAGUCAAUAUCACGCUAUGGUAGGGAAAAACAGACUAUUGACAAUAGAGUACCACUAUCAAGCAGUUACCUUCAACAGGCCAUUUCAUAACAGGGCUGCAUAUAUCAUCUUACCAUGCAAACACAUCGCACUACCUCUAAGAUUAAAGUGGACAUUAUUCACUCAUGCAUGUCCAAAACAAUGUACAUGUAAAAAAAAAACCUGCAAUUCCAUGUCACUUGGUGCAUAAUGAAUACCUCAGGUGAUGUCUGCAAAUGGUUGUUAUCCUUUUCUCAAAGUCCACUGCAGAGUGUGAUAUAACUGAUGAACAAAAAAGACCAAGCACCAUAGAAUAAUCCCAAAUAAGCCUUGAAAUCCAGAAUCUCAGUGCUAAGCCAUUGUAUGAACUGAGGAGCUUUUCCAUUGUUUAAUCCUCUCAACAAAAGACAGCACUGGGGCCCUUGGUUUCAGUGCCAAUUUGCAAAUCCCCUAUUAAUGUUGAGCUGUCACAAUAUUUGUAAGCACAAAUAUAUCAGAUGGUUGAUGACUGUCUAAUGAACUGCCUCUCCAUACUGCCCCAACCAAUCACAAAACAGCAUGGUCAAAACAUUACUUCAAAUCAUCGACAUAGAUAUAUUAACAAGUAUUUUUAUAAUAGACUUUAUUUAUAGCAGCCUACUUUUUGCCACUCUUUUUCUUUAGUCGAUGCAUAGAAAGUGUGAAAUGUAUGAAAUAAAUACUAAUCAAUGAUUUUCAUUUUUAAAUAUUUGAUAUAAUUAAGCAAUAGAGUUUUAAUUAUUUCAUAGUUACUAAUAUCGUGGAAUGUGUGAAUACAUUCUACAUUUGUAUUUUGAUUGGUUCUUGAAAUGUGGAAAGUGACAAAACUUGGACUUCCUAUGUUAACUGUGUAAACUAAUUUAUUAUUAAUAUUUUACUUCGUAAUAGAACAAUUUGUCAUUUUCUAUUUUGUAAAACUUCCUUUUGAAGAAAAAAAAAUGACUUUGCAACAAAAUUAAGGCCCAUCUUAUGGAGCUGCCGAGUAUGAGAAAUAUUUUGCUUUAUAGCUUAGACGGGUUACAUUUCCGUGAAAUGAGAGCUUACUUACACAAUAGAUCGUUUGCACUGCAGCCAUCUUGGAGGUGCUUUUGUUCAACAGGGACAUGCAUGGCUAGACCUAUUCAUGAGAUGAAAUGUACCUCCUGCUUUCUAGUGUAGACGUCUUACCACUCGACCACCGAGCUUGCGGGGUUGGUUGGCUGGUUUGAAUCUGAUGUAGCAGGGGGUGUCACAAUGAAUAUACAUAUAUUCAUAAGAUGGAAUUUGUGUCAGGGCGAUGUAAAUUCAAUAUUAGGUUUUGCCCUUCACCUAUGUGUAAAGACUGUAUACUCAGUGUGUGGACCUCUUAAUGAAUUAAUAUAACAAAGCACACCUCCAACAUGGCUGCUACAUGCAACCCAUCUGUAGCUCAGUGUGUUUGCUUCAAAAGUGUAAGCCAGUUACAUGACAUUGCCUUUAUGCUUGUGCUUUAUUGCAUUGACGUCAUUUUUAAUAUAUCUGUUGCAUUGAACAGAUUCUUGCAUAGAACACUAUUGAGCUAAUUCAGUAAUGUUAAGUUCAUUACAUGUAUUUUAGAAUAUGCACAAUGUGCGUAGUGACAUUCUCACAGUCAGUUUUCAGCUAGACUGUAAAGUCAUGUCACUUGUUUCUAAUCUAAAGAAUGACAAUCUAAGAUUAUGAUCUCUGAACUGACGCAAGUAGAUUUGUUGUAUUGUAAGCGAUUCGGGAAGUCAAUGGAUUUAAGGUUCAGCAAAUACUCUUCUUUCUUUUUUUCAAGUCAAUACAUGUAGCUGUAAGUGGGAUAUUUGCCCGACAGCCAACUAAUGUUUCAGCCUAUUAAGACAUGUGGCAUCACUGCUUAUUAUCAGACUUGUAUUCAGGCACCAAACAUGGAGGCUGAGUCCGAGUCAUGUCUCCUGAGUCCGAGUCCCGAGUCCCACUGGUCGAGUCCGAGUCACAAGUCACAAAUGUCGAGUCACCUUUAAUAUAUUUUGGAAAUUAAUUUGAGGUACUGCUAUAACCUCACAGUGUAAAUGUUUCAAUUUCUAUCAGGUUUUUCUCUAAUUUAAUGAACUGGUAUACAAUUAAUGAAUGUUUAUGAAUGCAAUGGUGAGAAUAUUGUCAUGAGAUGAAAGAUGGAAUGUUUAUGAUACAUUCAACGAGGCGAAGCAAGUCCGAGUCACAAGUCUGGUUAUUAUAGCUACAUGUACACAUACAUAGCGAAGUGUGCAAUAAGGAGCAAGGACCUUGAGUUUUUGCCCAUAGCUCUAUGAGACGUUCUUACGUUGAUGCAAGCGUGUACCAAGGUGACCACUAGUCAACCAAACAUCUUGAACAAACUUGCACAGAACAUGGCUUUCAUUUGGAGUUAGGUUUUUGUACCCUUAUAAUUUAAACAAAAACGUGUGUUUGACCAUGGUUUUUUGACAUUAAUAUAGGCCUAUAGCCCGUUAUGGAUAUUGUUUCAUAUUCAUUAGAAGUGUCAUGCAAUAUUUUGAGAGGAUGAAAUAGGAAUUUUUUUUUCAAUUCUUUUCUUUCUUUUAAACUUCUUCACAUCACCUUGUAAGAUGACUGUUUGUUCCUUUUAAAACGUACCCUCUACAGCAAGAACUUUUAAUGUUGCUCUUUUUGAGUUUCAUGCAGAAAAAAAUAACAUGUAUUUCUGAUUUAAAAGUGCUGUUUUCCUACCACUACCAGUUAAUUCACUGCUGAAUAAGACAUCAAACAAAACGCUUGCUCCUGUUUAGCUAUGGAAUAAUUCAGGCAGAUCUGUUUUUGCAUCGGACGUGCAAAAUAAAAGCCUUAUGCAGAAGGUUGCAGACACAAUAAAACAAUUAACAAUUACUUGGCAGAAAACAAAUCUCAUAUGUACGAGAGCACAUGGGAUUUUGAUGGAGCAGGUUACCUGUAGAAUUACUGCCUUGACUAGUGAUUUAUCAAUCCUGUAAUUAACGUUUUCUAACUCUGUAAUUAUAUCAUACAUGUAAGUGUAACUGGUAAUGUAACCGAUGUGUGUAAUGUAGGACGUACAUGUAUAUUUAACAUGCACAGUUUCACCGAAUGUAAUCACAUGAAAAAAAUUAAUCACUUGAAAAAGAGGAAAAUAAUUUGGUUUUUAUUAUGCAUGCAAAAGUGAAUACUGCCUUUGAACACUCACAUUAUAUAAUAAUUGACAGAAAUCUUUCAACCAUGGUGCCUUGACAUUUGCUCAGUGUACAUGUAUUCAAUACAAGAUGUGAUGCCAUGCCUGUAGGUACGGUAUGCAUAACACGGGACAAACAGGUUGCUAUAAACGUCUUCCUCUAAUAAUUUCUGUAAUCAAUAUUUUACUUAUUAAAUUCCACCAGUCUUAGCUGUGGUCGUCUGACAAUGUUUCUGUAACUGCUCUUCCCAGUGUACUUUGUAUUUCUGGACUAACGCUGUAGUGCAUUAUCAAUGCGUGUUUAUUUAUGGUUGUUUGUAGUUUUGUUUUAAGAGAGCUUCAAUUAAAAUGCCUGGCAAGGUAAACAGAUGAA